AUGUCUCAUUCAAAUCUACAAAAGCGAGGCCGUUACGCGACUAACGCAUGUACCAAUUGUAGAAAAAGGCAUGUAAAAUGCUCCCAAGGUACUACUUGCAAAAAUUGUGCAUCGCGCAACCUUAUGUGUAUUUAUACUGAACCUAAAAAACGAGGACCAAAAAUUUCGAGUGGGCCAGUUAACGGUUUUGAAAGUAACUUUGGUGAAGCUGCAAGUAUCGAACAGGAAAACGCAUGGACUUCGCUUGGAUAUACUUUUUACGGAUUUAUUCCUAUUCAUCUCAAUUAUAACGAAGAACCUCACUUAAUCCAAAGUAAUCCUUUUCCUAAUCAAGUACAUUUUGAUACUAUUAUGCCAAAUAACGGCAUGCCCGAUGACACACAUACUUUACCUAACUACACCUCCUCUUCCUAUCCCUCUAUUGCUUCUAAUUUAGGUUAUUCUUUUAUUUAG